UCAUCUACGCAAUCCGGAUAUAAUAUCGUUGGACAGCUGUUGGCAGAGGAGGAUAAGGAGUCAUUUGUAUACAUAUUCCUUUUAACUCGUAACAGUAAAAAUCUAACCAUGGUUUUGAUGACGAUGAUAGCAAGAGCCUCGGAUGGGCUUCCACUUGCUGCUUCAUUACAAGAAGAUGAACAGGUAAAUUCAGGACGAAAUCUUCUGGAGUAUCAGAACCAGGCCAAAAUGCUCUUUAAAAAAUUAACAGUCAACAGCCCAAACAGAUGUUCCAUAGAGACAGGCCCAUAUCUUUUUCACUAUGUAAUUGAUAAUGAAGCGUGUUACCUGGUGCUAUGUGAACGGGGUUUCAGCAAAAAGUCAGCUUUCACAUUCCUGGAAGAAAUGUCUGCUGAGUUUAAUUCACAGUAUGGGCGUCGAGUUGCACAGGUUUCCAGGCCAUAUUCCUUCAUAGAGUUUGACACUUACAUCCAAAAGCUCCGUCGCCAGUAUAGUGAUCAAAGAGGACGACGCCACAUGCACCAGCUACGAGAAGACUUGAAUGAUGUGCAGAGGAUUAUGAUGGACAACAUUGAUGAUGUUUUGCAACGAGGUGCUGCACUGUCAGAUUUGGAGACAAAGGCUUCGGGUUUAUCAAUGAUGUCAAAAAAGUACCACAAAGAUGCCCAGUACUUGAACAUGCGGUCUACCUAUGCAAAAAUUGCUGCUGGGGCAGUGGUUGGAUUGGUGUUUUUGGUGUACUUCUUUGUGUUUUAAUCAGUUGGCAUUAUCAAGUUUAUUUUAAUUUCUUUAUAUUGUUGGUAAAUAUGAUCAGAUUAUCUGUAGUUGUAGAAAUUAUUCCUAUUUAUACAUGUAAUAGUUUUACAAGCCAAGUGACUAGUUUUUCAUUUUUUUUGGCAAAAGCAAUCUACGUUUCCAAAGGACUACCUUAUAAAUGUGACAACCAACUAUUUGUGUUUAUAUUACAACCUUUAUGACUUUUGUUUAAAAAGAAGGAUCGCAUUGAGGCAUUGUUUGUACCAUUUUCCUCAUUCAACUUUUCUGAUUCAUGAAAGAAAAUGCACCUAUAACAUUUUUUAUGGACAAAGUAAAUCUCCAAACAUUGAUAUUGUGAGCAGCUUCUUUAUAGAUGUAUUUUGGAACAAGUAAUUGCAUUUCCUCUCUGUCCGGUCUAAAAUUGUGAUAUAUGUGUAAUUUGUCUGGACGUCAGCAACAUCAAGGUGAAGAGAAAAAAGCAUUUGUCAUUUGUUUUGAGAUGGCAGUAGCUGAUCAAAGACAUUUAAUGUAACUUGUUCUAUAGGUAAAGCUAAUUUUUCAAAUGGCUAAAAAGAUUUGUAAGUUUUUCCUUUCAUUUUUUUACCUUUAGUUGAAGUGUAUGGCAGGUUAUAACCUGAUUUAAUGUAUAUAAUAUGGUUAAAAAAUGUAAUAAUAUGGCAAGAUUAUAGAAACUUUGCCUUAUGUCUUUCAUACACUUCCAGCUUCAGAUCUUAUUGAUUUUUCCAGAAACUUUAUACUCAGAAACACAGAUGAUUUUGACAAACGGCUGUAGAAAAAAAUAGAAUGAUAGUGUAAUUAAUGGAGUGUAUGUGUUUAGUAUAGCUCCAGACAUACCUAGUUUUGGGUAUGGAGACAAAGUUACUCCUUUUUCAUUUAUAGUUUAAAAGUUCCCAUGGGACUAUGUGGUAGGAAAGUGUUAGAUACUUCCAACUUUAUCAAGACCUGACAUUCAAUCAAGAUUAUUAUUACUGCAUUGUUAUGCUAUUGGAUUUUAGUUUACUCUGUCUGUGUUUUUUGUUGAAGAAAUCUGAAAUAUCUCUGUAUUGCUAAAGCAACCAUCAUGAGAAAAUAACUUGCAGACAUAGUUCAAGAGGAAGCUUCCUAUUUUAAAGGUGGUUUGAGUAAAACAAACACUCACACACACCUUUUUAGUUGGCUAUUUUGAAAGAUAAAUGUAAUUGACUUUUAGUACGAAUACAUGAUUAUCACCAGUGUAUAGUCAACUUAAUUUUGUUUAACUUUGGAAAAAUAUUUUAAGGUUUGUUAAAGUCAUCAUAUGAACUGAGUAUCUUAAGGUAAUGGUUGAUGCAGAUUUCAUACUUAGUAUUUAUUACAGCUGAUGUGGGAGAAUCUUGGUGACAAGUAAGUAAGGUCUUCCCAUUACAGUGCUUUCACAUGUAAUAGAAGGUACAUAACCAAAACAAUAAUUUAAGUUUAGAAUAGAACAGGUUCGAAACUGAAGACAUCGAGAAGAGGAAUUCCUGUUUGUUUUAUCUUCUUUUAUUUGUUGUAUGCUUUGUCUCCACUACAUUAACGGCUCUGGUGUUAAAUGCUAUCAUCACAGAAGGAUGAUUUGUCUUUCAUACUUUUGUACAAGAUUUCACCACAUAAAGUGUGACCAUGGCAAAUCAGCAUUUUUUUCUCCCCAGGAUUUCUAAAUCAAGGGUGACCCUUGUGACUGUAUGUUUUAUACAUGUGUUUUGAAGGAAACAAACCUAUCUGUCUUUCUUUUAUUGAGAACAUAAUAAUAUUGUGUACUGACAUGUUGACUUUGCAAAAAAAUAUAAAUUUCUUAAACAAAA